UUUUUUUUUUCUUUUUUUACAUUACUAUUAUCAUUACCAGUAGCUUCACACUAUGCCAUUUACAUUUAGUCGUACAGAACACGCAAGACAAUUGCGUGUUAAAGACCCCACACUCUGGACUCUGUUCACCAUUCGCAAAAUCAUCUGCUUCAGUGCCAUUCUAUGCCUUAUCCUCCAAGCCAUUGGUAUAUUGUUGUCCGCGAUGCUUGGCACAAUCGCCCUUGUCACGCCCUCAUUACUCUUCCUUGAUCUCUGCAUCAUCAUGGGCAUGGUCGGCACCCUCUAUCCUGACACGGAAUUCUGGUGCCGAAGAAAUAGGAUCUUGGCAUCGUUUACAAUGACAACAGCACUCACUGCUUUCUCAUAUGUGUCUACUUCAGCAAUCCUAAAGGACGUAUAUCUUCUCUCCAAAGGUGAAAAGUACCUCAGCCUCGUGGUCUGUGGGAUCCAUUAUAUGAUGUGCGUCCUCUUGGCCAUUGAAGGCUUUCUAACAAUUCAAAAGAGGGAGGAUGAAAUCGAGUCUGCGCACCUCGAGCUAUUGGAGCUGGGCCAUGGUCAACCUCGCUGUCAUCCAUCGACUCAACCUACCGAGCCAUCCCGGGCCUUUAUCUAUCAGCCAAACAUCCCUCAAAGAGGUCAAUUGGGAGGUCAAGGCCAAGAAGAGAUUGCAAAUCAGCAAGAAAAGGAGGUUCUCCCAACAUAUACACGCCAUCAGCCUUCUGAUCAGCCAAAGUUCUGUAUCAUUGACAUGUCGAACCAGCUGCAACAACAGCAGCAACAACAAGAGCCACAUUCAUUACCCGCAUAUGAAGAAUCCAGGACAGGAAGAGCUUUAGGAUCAACACCUACACAACCUACACAAUCUACACAAUCUACACAACCUGUACCAGUAGCACAGUCGACAUUUGAAGAUGUACCACUACGCAUGUAACUUUUAGUUUCAUAUCACAUAAAACAGAUAGCCCGUCAUUCUUGUACAAUAUAUAUUUAUUUAAACAUCGCAAUCGGUCUUUUACACCCUUUUGUACUUUUACAUGUGCCCUCGCUUACAUUCCG